AUGAACAUAGUUAAACCCGCUGAAAAAUGCGCAAUUUCCAAUAAAAACCUACAAGGAAAUUGCAACAGCAUGAGCGAAGAAAAAUACUAUGCUUUGGGUAUUAAUUUAAGCCAGAAGGGGGGUAUGUACGACUCCUUAAUGCAUUUGAAACAAGAGAACGAAGAUAAAAUGUGUUCCGAUGCAAAUAGCGACAUUUGUAGGACACUUUCCAAUUAUGCAGAUUAUUCCACGAAAAAGGUAAAAUAUGUUGUAAAUAAAAGAUUUGCAGGAAUGGAAAAUAUGGAAGAAAAUAUGCAAGAUAUGGACUAUUCGAUGUUUAAAUAUUUUAGGACAUUACCACCAAAGUACAGUGAUGAAAAUGAUAUAAGAAAUAAUAUUAUUUUUAACAAUAAUAAUAUAUAUAUUUAUGCAGAAAAUAAAAAUGGAACAUUAAAUGAGCAAGCUUGCAUAUCCAUUUCUCCUGACAAUAAUAUCAUUUAUUGUUCAACAAAAGGAAGGAGAUACACCAUAGGUGGACAUGCAGGAAUACAAAAAAAUAUAAAUAAUGAAUAUAACUUUUUUGAAGAUAACAAUUUAGUAUCACCACUUGAUAGUAUUAAGACAUGUGCUUUCGACGGAAUUGGUAGUUCAGACAUUUCCAGCACUUUCACCAAAAUGAAUUUAAUAAAAACGAAUGAUGUUCUGGAUGAUUCGAACGCAAAUAAGAAUAAUACAGGAAAUAUAUUUAAUGAAAACAUGAUACUGAAUUCAUGUGACUCUAGUAACUUAAACACAACCAAAUGUUUAUCAAAGAAUCUAUCCAUGCAGAGAUUAUUUGAAUAUUACAAAAAAUGUUCUCAAAAUUUGGAACAUGAACAGAGAGCAUGCAAACCAUGUGCACAUGUAUAUAAUGGAAAUAAAUGCUUGAAUGGAGAUGAAUGUGCAUUUUGCCAUCAUCCAGAUCAUGUGUUAAUAUCCGCGAAAAAGUGGAAGAAGUUGGUAAAAAAUAAUAUGGAAAAGUUGAAUAUUCUUUUGCACAUACUGCGCAAUCCGGACGAUGUAAAUGCUAAGCUCAUGAAUGAAAUGUUGAAGCAAAAUGUGAAAAGUUUUAAAAAAGGAAGAAAAGUGAGUAACAGUAAUAAGAACAUGGAAAAUAUUAAUAUUGCAAACCAAGAUAUCUGCAACUAUGGUAAUAAUGGAAGCCUUGCUAAUAGCGGCAUUAAUAUUAGCAGUCUUAACAGCUUUAGCGACCUCAACAACUUCAGCGACCUUAACAACUUCAGCGACCACAACAACUUUAGCAAUCUUAACAACAUGAGUGGUCUCAAUAAUCUUAAUGAAUUCAACAGUUAUAGCCCUCCUAGCAACGUUAACACCAUUUACAAUGUCAGCACUGCAAAUAGCGGAAAGAACAACAGUAGAAGGAAUAAAUAUAACAAAAAUAAAAUACACUACUUUCCUCCAAAAAAUACAGAACAAAUUCCACGAUUCCCACGUAGCAAUUUCGAAUUUAACGAAGACACAGAUAUAUAUAAGAGCAAAUAUCACAUAAGAAAUUAUCAUGCAAAUAUGGACACCAAUUAUACCUGUGUUCCUCAUCAUAUUGACAUGUAA